AUGCCUGGGAAAAGGUCCCUAAACGCCGCAGUCAUCCGGAGUGCCAAAAGGGAAAGGAAAGCAAUCACCCUCGACGUGAAGUUAGAAGUGUUAAGACGGUUUGAAGUGGGUGAGAAGCUCAGCCAGAUCGCAAAGGCCUUAGGCCUUGCUGCCUCUACAGUGGCGACCAUCAGAGAUAAUAAAGACAAAAUCAAAGCGAGUUCACAAAUAGCCACUCCUUUGAGAGCCUCCCGGUUGACUCGCCACCGAAGUGCGGUCAUGGAGACCAUGGAGAGGUUGUUGCGCUUGUGGCUUGAAGACCAGAGCCAGCGAAACGUGCCCCUGAGUGUCACCGUUAUUCAGAAGAAGGCCAAGAGUUUGUUUGAUGACUUACAGCGUGAGCAAGGUGAAAGCUCUCAAACAGAAAAGUUUAAUGCAAGUAAAGGGUGGUUUGUGAGAUUCAAGGAACGCCACUGUUUGCCCCACUUCAAGAUGAACAUUGCAGCUCCUGCCAAGGAGGAUGAAUAUCCGGAAAUACUGAAGAGCAUCAUUCAGGAAGGUGAGUACACCCCCCAGCAAGUUUUUAAUGUGGAUGAGACAGGUCUUUAUUGGAAAAGACUGCCUGAAAGAACGUUUCUUUCAGUAGAAGAGAGAGCUCAGCCAGGAUUUAAAUCAUCCAAAGAUCGCUUGAUGCUGCUUCUUGGUGGCAACGCAGCUGGGGACUUCAAGUUGAAACCCCUAUUGGUGUACCACUCAGAAAACCCCAAGGCUCUGAAGGGGUACUCCAAGCCCAAUCUGCCCGUGAUUUGGCGCUCAAGCAGAAAGGCUUGGGCAACCAGGAGCAUCUUUCAUGAAUGGUUCACAUAUUUUUUUUGCCCUGCCAUUGAGAAAUACUGUGCCCAAAAUAACCUGACCAACAAAGCCCUGCUCAUCUUAGACAAGGCACCAUGCCACCCAGUCAAUCUGAGCCAUCUGUCUGAUAAUGUAAGAGUGGAGUAUCUUCAUGACAGCACAGCUGACUCGAUCCAGCCCAUGGGUCAAGGUGUAGCCUCUGCCUUCAGAGCUCAUUACCUGAGAAGGACUUUUGAGCACAUCCUAGAAGCAACAGAUGGGGAGGAUACAGCAGAGAUCAGGGAGUUCUGGAGAAACUACAGCAUUGUGGACGCUGUGGACAACAUCGCAGUAGCCUGGGGGGAGCUCAGACCAGCAACAAUGAACAGUGUGUGGAAGAAGAUUUGGCCUGAGUGUGUUCAUUUCCAGAGUGCUUCCCAAACAGAUGGCAUUGCACAGCUUCAACAAAAUAUUGUGAUCCUUGCCAAGAGUGUGGCUGUUGGAGAGGUGGGAGAAGCUGAUGUGGACCAGCUGCUGCAGUCCCACGAGGAGGGUCUCUCGAAUGAGGAGCUGAUGCAGCUGGAGCAGGAGCCUGCAGGAGAGGAGGAGGAGGGUGAAGAGGCUGCCCCUGCCCUGCGCCAACUAACCACACGGGAGCUGUCAGCAGCCUUCUCACAUUUUGAGGCCGGCUUGCAGGUCCUUACCAGUAACAGCCCUGAUGCCGUGUGGAAACGUCAAGUUUCAAGAGCAAUCAAUGAUGCAAUAAGCUGCUACAGGGAGCUGUACAGUGAGAAGGAGCGGUGCUCCAAACAGCUCUCCUAG